AUGCCCAAUGAUGUACUCUGCACAGUUACUGACACGGAAAAUUGCCAUAGAAAAGACACCAGUACAAACUAUAAACAGAGAUAUAAUAUCGAAAUUUCAACUGCUGCGAAUAGUGUGGUUAGACUUGAAAACAAUGCAAAAAAGACAAAGGAUUAUGAUAUUGUCAACGUGAAACAAGACGGUGUGACAAUUCAAAUAAUAAAAGGUGGCAUUUAUACAUUGAACUUGGGUGCGAGUGGAGUUAAAGUGAUGUGUAUUGAUGAUGAUACAGACAGUAACAAAUGUACAAUUGUUGUCAAUACUUAUGUUGAUACAAAUCAAAUCAAUUUACUUGGAAAGAACAUCAUUUUGGAGGAAGACCUCAAUAUUGAUAAUGUAAUAUCCUAUGUCAAAAUAACAAGAGACGUCUCUUUGAGUACAUUUGAAGCAACACAAAUGUACAUUAAAAUAGUUGAGAAGGGCAUUAUAAGAGUGGAACAAUAUGCAUCUUUUGGAUCACUUUUGCUUGUAAAAAUCACAUAUUUAUGCAUUUGA